AUGCAAAUUCUCCACGUACCCUUCAAACUCAACAGCCUUAUGCUCUUCAUGCUACUCUCAUGCCUCCUGUGCAUCACAUCCCUCUUCAUCUUCCCAAACACCACCCUAACAACCAUGCGUCCCUCGGACACCCAAUCGCCACCACCACCUCCCGAAACCUCCCUCGACCACCUCGUUUUCGGCAUCGCCUCCAACGGCAAGUCGUGGCCCGACCGCAAAAGCUACGUCCGUCUCUGGUGGCGGCCCCAUCUCACGAGAGGCUGCGUUUUUCUCGAGACGAACACCACCUCAACCGACCACCCGGACGGUGGGCUCCCUCCCGUGUGCAUCUCGGGAGACACUUCCCGUUUCCGGUACACUUUCCGAAACGGGCUCCGCUCGGCCGUGCGCGUGGCCCGCAUCGUGUCCGAGACCGUCGCCCUAAACCACCCGAACGUGCGGUGGUUUGUCUUCGGGGACGAUGAUACGAUAUUUUUUCCCGAGAAUUUGGUGAGGACUCUGUCGAAGUACGAUCACGGGUUGUGGUACUAUGUGGGGUCGAAUUCUGAGAGCUUCGCGCAGAAUAAGGCUUUCUCGUUCGAGAUGGCCUUUGGAGGGGCGGGUUUCGCGAUAAGCUACCCGCUUGCAAAGGUGUUGGCUAAGGUUUUUGACUCCUGUUUGGAAAGGUAUCCGCACUUGUACGGUAGCGACAGCCGAGUGCAGGCUUGUGUGGCCGAGUUGGGAGUCGGCUUAACGCACGAGCCCGGGUUUCAUCAGAUGGACAUUCGGGGGAGCAUGUUCGGUUUUCUUGCCGCGCACCCCCUCCGACCCCUCAUCUCGCUCCACCACUCGGAGGCAAUGGAGCCUAUUUUCCCAAACACGACCCAUCUCCGGGCCCUGGAACACUUAUUUCGGGCCGUGAAAGUCGACUCGCAGAGGGUCGCUCAGCAAACGGUAUGCUACGACCGUUGGUUCUCGUGGACUAUUUCCGUUUCGUGGGGCUACGCUGUUCAGAUUUUCCCGCGCCACGUGUCGUUGCCCGAUGCCCUCAGGACCCAGGAAACGUACGUUCCUUGGAAAAGAGGAGGCUUAAACCACUUGUACAAUGUGGACACAUUGGGGUAUCACGCGGACCCGUGCCGGAGGCCCGUCGUGUUUUUCAUGCACGACGUAUCGACGUCUGGCGAAUUAGAUGGAACGAUAACGAGUGUUUAUAGAAUGGUGGGAUCGGAGAAUUGUACGGUCGACCGGGCCUCGCCCAGAAAGCUUGAGGAGGUUCGAGUCUUUUCACAUCGGAUGGAGCUUGACAUCAAACAGCUACAAGCACCGCGAAGACAUUGUUGUGAUGUUCUGCCUUCUAAAACCGAGACCGUGUUGGAAAUCGCCGUCCGAGAAUGUGCCAUUUUCACGUACCUCAACUUGGCCAUGGCCGCAAACUAUACAGUCGGAGGCCCGAACGGCGGAUGGGAUCAAUCCACCGACCUCGCGACUUGGGCUUCUUCAAUAACCUUCUUAGAAGGAGACAAUUUGCUCUUCGAGUUCACCACGAACCACGACGUCACGGAAGUUUCCCGGUCGGACUUCGAUUCCUGCAACCCAAAUAACCCCUUGCAGCCGCCUUCCACCGGCGGCUCUGCCACCGUGGCCCUAUCCUCCGCCGGCAGCCGCUACUUCAUCUGCGGCACCCCUGGUCACUGCCUCAGCGGCAUGAAACUCCAAGUCGACACCCACGCCGCUACCUCUCCGCCGCCGCAGGCGGCCACCCUGUCGGCCCCUUCGCCGGCGCCGGUUUCCUCUCCACCACCGAGAAGUCAUGCCCCGUCGCCAUCCCCAAAGCAUUCGCACGGGCAGGCCGGCCGGCCCACGUCUCCGCCUGCAGCCUCACCUCCACCGAGCGACGGCUCUUUGCUGGCGCCCGCGGCGGCUCCGUCGGCGGCGGGGAGGUUCAGUGUGAUGGGUGCUCUCACAGCAUGUUCCGGUUUUUUUGCGAUUAUUGUGUUGUUGAAUUUCUGA